UCAGUCCAUGUCAUUCCCAAAGCCAAACAACCAGCCAAGCUGAAUGGAUUCCCGUCCAAUCUACACUAUAUAAGGGUACAUGACAUCCAAGUGAUGGACAAAUUGAAUUGUGCACGACGAAGAGUCAGGUCAUAGUCAUCACAUUGCGAGUAUUCCUAGUGGAAGUCAAAGAACGCCGAUUAUUACCGCAAAGAUCAUCAUCGUGACCACAAGAUUCGUUCAGAAGGUUCUUUUGGGUUUCCCGAGGCCAUCGGAGUUUAAAUUCGUACUAUCGCAAUUUGAGCAAUUAUCGCUGGAAAAAAAACAGUGAACAGUGGGAGUGAGGAACGUUUAGUGUUGUGAACUUAGAAUAUUUCUCAAUAGUUCUUAUACGUUGAAGUUCUAGUACUCAACCCUUAUUCCACUUUUCUAACGUGAAGUUUAAAAAUGCAUCUUAAAACAUUGUGCUUUGCACUGGGAGUACUAAUUCUAAUGUUUGUGGACUCCGAUGCAAUGCCUGCCGUAAAUACACAAAUGAUGCAGGAGAAUGGAAUGUUUAAAAUUCCACAAUGGCAUUGUUUACGCUACUUCAAACACGACAUUCAUAUGAUGCGAAGAUGUAGAAUGCAUAGAGGACCACUUGUUGGCAGAAGGAUUAAUCCAUAACAGCAGCAGCAGCAGCAAGACCAACUUUACACAUUUUUUUAAAUAUAUUUUUCUGAAAAAUACUUAACAAUUUAUUCCGUGGAACAGAUGGCACUGCUUUAGAUGUUCAAUUUGUGAUAUUUUAUUCGCAUUUUUUUUUUCUAUAUUUGUAUAUGUAUUCGAAUGCAUUCAAUACUCCAUUCAUUGUAGGUAAAUUGUAAUAAGUCUCAUGUAAACAUCUUUUCUGAGCAUAACUUAAAUAUAUUGAAAACUUCUAUGUAUAUAUAAAUGUCUAA